ACCUACGACGCCGCACUCCCGCUCGCCGCCGCCGGCCACCGGCGACGAGCCUCCGUCUCCGCCUCCUCUCGCCUAGCAUCCUCUCCCAAACCCCAAGCUAGGAGCCCUCCGCCGCUCUCCCCUCCCAAACCCCUCCUCGCACCCGCCCAGAUCCAAGCGCCCAUCUUCCCCUACGCCGCCGCCGCCGCCGCCGGGCCCUCCAAGAGGCGACCAUGUUGGAGCUGCCCCUGGUGAAGGGGGACCCCUUCCACCAUGUCAUGGAGGCGAUCCUCGACCUGUCCGAUGUGGCCCACGUCGUGUGCACCACAAGGGGCUUGAACCUCCUGGCCGUGGACACCAAACACUUAGCGAUCGUCUCGCUCCUCUUCCCCGCCGAGGACUUCAAGGGCUACACCUGCGACGAGUACAUCUCCAUUGGGAUCCCAAUCCGCGACUUGGUCAAUGCCAUCCGCUGCGGCGACGACAAAGACACCAUCACCCUCAAGGUCGGCGAAGAAAACUUCGGCACCAUUACCUUAUCAUUCGUGUCGCCCGAGAAGAACACUGUGGAUUACGAAUUCCGGCUUGUGGAUGCCAAACUCGAGCGCUUUCGACUCCCAGAUAGGCAUUUUUUGAGAUCCAAGUACCAGGGCUCUGUCAAAAUGCCAUCUGUGGAGUUUAGGCGGAUCUGCAAGUGCCUCAGUAACUUCGGAGAUGAAUAUGGUGUCAUCUCGGUGACUGACGAGGACCUCACAUACUUUGCUAAGGGAACAGAUGGGGACGUCUACGUGGAGUACAAGCAGCAAGAAGAAGAUACUACUAUCUUUAAAAUAGAUGUGCGAGAACCAGUUAGACUGGCCUUUAAUCCGAAGUACUUGAACACCUUCGCCAAGGUGUUCACCCUCUCUGGUCAAGUGAAGCUCUUUCUCUCGAAGACACAUCCCCUCAUGGUCGAAUGCAAAAUUGGACAGAAGGGCCGCAUCAGAUGUUUCGUGGCACCAAAGGUGGAACCAGAGUUCCAAGGGGAAGAGGAAAAGAAAGAGGCCCAAAAAGAAGAAGUUAUCAAUGUAAGCAAGAUGGAAUCUGAUACCGAUGCAAACAAGAAUAAGAAGAGAAAGAGAAAGCUAACUGAUGACUAGCGGGGGGCAACCAAAAACGUCUUCAGUUAGCAUGGAAGUAUGUGUAGUAAGAGUCUGUUUGUGACAAGAGAACUUUUAAGUGUCUUUUGUGUACUUUGAACUAUGAUGUCUGUACUAAGGUGUGAUCUAUGAAGUUCUGUGUUGCCGUCGAAUUCUGAACAAUCUCGUUUGUGAA